AUGGCAACCAAUUCCACAUACUUUGUUGCUCUCUGCUCCUUUGUAGCCACCCGCUACGCGGAAGCCGGGAUCCAACUUGACGAUAUCGAGCGCGAAGAAUUGCCCCUUACCCUCAGCACCUUCCUCAACACCAUCUCCAACGGUCUUCGUGACCCCAUUCCGGAGAAAAGAAAGCGCCGAGGUAUUGACUUCGGCACGAAAACACUCAACGAGAUUCCUCCUGCUAACUUGCAUUACAGCACCAACAAAGGCCGCCAAUGCCAGCCACACAUCAGCCGGCAGCGGCAUUCCCGCUUGCGUAUAUCUUCAGGCCUUGUUCCCGAAUACUUCGGCUGCCCGAGAUGUCAGGGCACUGGAACCACCUGCCCAAACGCUAACAUGACCGCCCUCAUCAAUCGUGAAAGCGGGCCCAUUGCCAAGCUAGCCUCCGCAAUCUACGCAGUCGACCAGGUCUUUCACAAAUGGGUAGUCCACGCCUUCCCCCCCGGCUUCUCCUGGGCCUCCCCCUUGGACAACUCCUACUCCCAAGCCGAGCUGACCACCUUCCUCAACCUCAUCACCUUGUCCUACAACCUCCACACCCUCCGCACCACCCUCAAGGACCUCAGCACCCACAUCAAAUCCGUCUCCAGAAAAAUCACCGCCUUCUCCGCCGCCCUCUCCUUCCUCUUGGGAAUCCUAAUCCACAUCUCGGAGAGCCACGGAGUCCAAAUCCCCCCUAACCUCCCCUUCACCUUCAAACCAGUCGACGAAACCGAUUACCGCUGCCCCUUCCCGGGCAUCACCAACCAGUCCAACACCAGACCCCCACACGACCAUUACUUCACCCUCAUCAAGAAUUCCAUCCUCCUCCGCCACGCCGUCACCCAACUCUCCAAAUUCAUCACCACCACGCUCGCCUCCCACAUCCGCCUCGCCGUCAUGUCCCUCGGCGCCUUGUCACAAUCCCCCCCAGGAACUAUCGACCCUUCCCUCCUCUGCCCAGGUAGGCUGGACCAGUUAGCGGACAAGCUGGGAAACAUGGAGGUCAUCUCCAUGGAGCAGGAACUCAAGCCUUUUCUCCAACGGCUCGAGGACCAUGCCGCGGCUGUCAAGGAGAAGCUGGUUGGCUGGGAUUUGGGGGAUCAAGCGCUGGCGAUGGAUACCACCAGCCUGUCGGGGUCGUAUGUCGAGAUGUUGGCGGGCAAGUUUGGGGAGGUUCAGACGGCGACGUUGGGGAGUGGCGGGUGGAUGAUCCAGGUUGCGGAGGAGGGGGCGAGGGUGGUGGGUGAGGUUGCUGAGGGGUAUAGGCUGUUGAGGCUGAGGGAGUAUUGUUGA